AUGGGAAGCUCCGUCCGCCGCAAUCUCUUCCAUCAUCAUCUCAGCAGACGUGCUGGUUCGACCGGUCCCGCGGGUUCGUCUGCGCCGAGCAGCACCAGCAACGGAGCCUCCAGCCUGUCGACCCAGAUAUUGCAGUCCGCUCCAUCCGAUCAUUCUACAGCCGUGAGUUCCGGUCCCAUUGACAACGGGGAAAUCGUGGUCAAGGACAAGAAUGGCAGCUAUAAGCUCGAUAUCCCUGUACUCCCGCCCUUGAUUGGAGAAGAUGGCGAGGAAAUGGAAGGUAUAGAGGAUGGAGGUGCUGGUGGUGGUACUUCCAAUGGACAGGCGAUGUCUGGUCGUGAAAAGGAAAAAAUGGAAGCAAACUUGGUGGAGAUGAUGUACCGGAAUCGGAACAGACGGAUGAGCAGUGAACCAGCUGAAAUCCUCACUCACAUCCACCAGAGCCUCCGAAACAAGGUCGCCGCUUUGGAGGAGGAUAAUUGGAUGUACGACGCUGAGGUUGACUCGAGGGUCUGA